CAUUACCUAGUACUUAUGUCACCUAGAAAGCAGACCACUAUUGAAACUCCUGUUUAUUCUACUGCUGCGCCUCUUACCAUGGAGAGCCAAAUAGUGAACUAUCUUGUUCUUUUUGCCAGUCUUGUUGCUGUCAAAGGAUUUGUCAUCAUAAACUCAGGUUAUGCAGACAAUCCAGUCCACGAUGAAGCUAGUCUAUACCUCAAGGACUGGCAAAACCUGGGGAACGAACUCGACAUAGCGGAAUGGCUGCAGAACAAUGACAUGUCCCAUUACGACGUUCGUUCGAAUGAGACAGGAGACUUUAACGGCUCUGCCUUUGGCAAUUGGAAUCGAUUCGGAUAUUCUUUAUGGGAAGUUGAUGGCAAUAAUGCCAGCGUUUCUGCGUAUACCAUUGAGAAGUUCAAUGUAACAUCAGAUAACAUUACUCUUAUAGUCCCAACAUACUACAACGUUCAAUUAACCGGAGACAAGAAAAUGGCACAGUGGACAAAGAAGAUAAACAGUAAGGUAUUACUGAUGAACGCUACUCUCAUCACGCUGUCCAGUACCGACGGAACUGGAAUGGGCCGACUGGAAUUCAAAUCCAGCGAAAGCGGUAUGAUGAGUGAGAACGAAACCCUACACACCACACAAAAGGACAGUGGCGGGUCCACCACUUGGCACGUCCAAAGGAAUGGCGUCAUCAACAGCUACGACAAAUACACCAAUUUCAUUCUCUUUGAGAAAGGGGGAAGUGGAAAUAAGGACAGCACUGAGGAAGCAACGCCUUCUUACAAGACCUCUUCCGUCUUAGACGGAUUGUUAGAGGAGAUAUUCCAGUGGUCUGAACUGCCUUCUAAUUGGAGUACCAAAACUACGGGUUAUAUCAUGGGAAAAGAUAACGUGAAAAGAUUAAACACAUCAAGUGAAGCACAUUAUGACUUUCCAUCUCAGCGUUUUGCCUUGUCUAGGAAUUCCAGCGGCUACAUUUGGAAUAAUGUUCACUCGCUUAGUACAGAAAUGCCUGAAAAUUUCAAUAAGAUUUUAGCAGAUAUUCUUGAAUUCUUAUUUUGAAUAGAGAAUUAAACGCUUGAUUCGAAAUUUUA